GAAUCAGAAGCCACCAAAAGAGCGAGCGAGCGAGCGAGGGCACACGCACAAAACACGCGACAACCACCACCACCGCCGUUCCCGUCCCCGUCCCCGUCCCGUCCCGUCCCCAACCUCCAAAAUUCCAGUUGUCUCUCCCGGCCGCGGCCGCGCCAGCUCCCCCUCUCCUCCGCCCCUCCGCCAUUCCCUCCUGCCCCCUCGCCAAUUUUAAACGCGGCCGCACCCCUUCCUGCGCCUGCACCCUCGGCGGCGAUCCGGGGCCAGGCGGGCGGGCGCGAUGGAGGCGUCGACGGCGUCGCCGCGGGUGCGGUCGAUCCGGGAGACGGUGCUGGAGAGCGUGGCGGCGUACCACCACCAGCAGCGGAUGCGCCGCAGGUUCCGCAAGAGCCUCUCCUACGCGGGGGAGCUCUCCUCCGCGGGCCGCGCCUCCUCCUCCUCCUCCUCCCCGUCCGCCUCCCUCGCCUCGCUCGCCGGGCCCGAGGACGACGACGAGCCCUUCUGGGAGGAGGAGGAGGGCACCGUCGAGCUCGUCCAGCUCGGCGCCAACCGCGCCAAGAACGUCCUCAUCCUCAUGAGCGACACCGGCGGCGGCCACCGCGCCUCCGCCGAGGCCAUCAAGGACGCCUUCCGCAUCGAGUUCGGCGACGACUACCGGGUCUUCGUCAAGGACCUCUGCAAGGACCACGCCGGCUGGCCGCUCAACAACAUGGAGAGCUCCUACAAGUUCAUGGUGAAGCACGUGCAGCUCUGGAAGGUGGCCUUCCACGGCACAUCGCCCCGAUGGGUCCACAACUUCUACCUCGCCGCCCUCGCCUCCUUCUACGCUAAGAAGGUUGAGGCUGGAUUGAAGAAGUACAAGCCAGAUAUAAUAAUUAGUGUUCACCCCCUCAUGCAACACAUUCCUCUAUGGGUACUCAAAUGGCAAGGUCUGCAGAACAGAGUAGUCUUCGCUACUGUCAUCACUGACCUCAACACUUGCCACCCUACAUGGUUCCAUGCUGACGUGAAUAGGUGUUACUGCCCAUCAGAGGAAGUAGCCAAGAGGGCAGAACUGGAUGACCUGAAAACUUCUCAGAUCCGUGUGUUCGGUCUUCCCAUUCGACCAUCGUUCUGCCGUGCUGUUCUAGUUAAGGAUGAUUUGCGGAAGGAACUUGAAUUGGAUCCUGAGCUACCGGCAGUGUUGCUGAUGGGAGGUGGAGAGGGCAUGGGUCCUGUAAAGAAGACUGCAAAAGCCCUUGGAGAUGUAUUGUUUGACAAAGAGCUUGGAAAGCCGAUUGGGCAGCUUGUUGUCAUUUGUGGUCGGAACAAAACACUGAGCUCUUCAUUGCAGGCUCUUGAAUGGAAAAUGCCAAUAAAGAUUAGGGGAUUCGAGACCCAAAUGGAAAAGUGGAUGGGGGCUUGUGAUUGCAUUAUAACAAAGGCUGGACCAGGCACCAUUGCUGAAGCCUUGAUUAGGGGUCUUCCUAUCAUCCUUAAUGACUUCAUACCUGGACAGGAAGUCGGCAACGUCCCUUAUGUCGUGGACAACGGCGCAGGCGUGUUCUCCAAGAGCCCCAAGGAAACCGCCGAACUUGUCGCCCACUGGUUCGGUCCAGGCUCAGAGGACCGCAAGAGAAUGUCGGAGAACGCGUUGAAAUUGGCCCAGCCGGAAGCCGUGUUCGACAUCGUCAGGGACAUCCACGAGCUCUCCCAGGAGCAAGGGGUGAAGGCGCAGAUCUCCAGCUCCCUGACAUCGUCUUUCUUCAUACCAUCCCCUGAAGCCAGCAGCCAUUGCCCCAGCCCCAUCCCGCUGGUGUGAAGCCUUGGAAGAUGUGUACAUAGCUAGAGAGAACCGCAACACCUCUUUGCACCUUUCAUAUCCAUGCAAAGAAAAGAAAAGAAAGAAAGAUCUGGCAAGUGAUUUGGCCCGGUUUGUUUCAUCUCUUGUCGCGGGGAUUUCAAUGUUGUCUGUUCAUGGGGGAUUCCACUGUUGCGGAAGAUUUUAUGGGCUUGUUUUGACUGAAAAGCGCUCUUGUGCAAUAUUGUGUUGCUGUAAAGUUUGUGAGAAAAAAUAUCAUUCGUUGAACAUCAUUCUUUUACGGUUCCCUACUUGCACAUUGGGGGGUAACCGGUGGUUGGCUUGUCAGCUACACUCAAUUUUGUGGAUUGGAUUUUUUUGUCAUGUAAAUUAUGCUAGUUGCCACUGGGCCACUGUAAGAAGUGUACAUUAUGAUAGACGUGAUGGUGAAAGUGUGAGUGGAAAUUGUUUGAUUUUGUUGAA